GGCUCGUGUUAUUGUUGUUCUUGUUUAUUUAUUCACUUCCUCUUUACUUCUCCUGUGCUUCUUUCGAAAUUCUCUUUCUCAAUUACCUUUGUUGCUGGUUUCUGAGAGAUAAAGAAAGAGUACAGCAUACACACAUUCUUCGAGACGCUUUGAAAUUGUUCCCUAAUCAAACUCGAAAAGAACGCUGAAUUUCACAAUGGCCCCAUCAGCCUUACCAAAUCUCGACAAUGCCACUUCCGACUCCUCAAAUCGUCCUAAGAUUCUCAUUCCAGAAAAAGUCUCAGUCGAUGGUCUUGCUCUCUUAGGUAAUACCUUCGAGAUUCAUCAGCCGAAAAAUCUCUCUCCUACGGAUCUCCUCGAAAUCAUUCCUCAUUAUUCUGCUCUCAUCAUUCGCUCAGAAACAAAAGUCACAGCCGAAAUUCUCGCGGCUGCGAAAAAUCUCAAGGUGGUAGCGAGAGCGGGAGUGGGCGUGGAUAAUAUUGAUGUAGAAGCAGCGACGAAACAUGGCAUUAUCGUGGUCAAUUCUCCAAGUGGAAAUAUUGCGGCCGCCGCAGAACAUACGAUUGCGCUUUUGAUGGCGGUGGCGAGGAAUGUACCGGCGGGGGAUAGAUCGUUGAGGAGUGGGGGAUGGGAGAGGGGAAAACUGGUAGGGACGGAAGUUGGAGGGAAGAUAUUGGGGGUUGUGGGGCUGGGGAAGGUGGGAUUGAAAGUUGCGAGGAUGGCCGUGGGAUUGGGGAUGAAGGUUUGGGCUUUGGAUCCGUAUGCCAGUCCGCAGAUUGCCGAGGCGAAUGAAGUGCUUCUUGUGAAGGAAUUGGGUGAUUUGUUACCGGUGGUGGAUUUUUUGACAAUUCAUACCCCGCUUAUUGCUAGCACGUUGGAUUUAAUCGGGAAGGAAGAAUUGGCUAAAAUGAAGAAAACUGCAAAGGUGCUCAAUGUAGCAAGAGGAGGAGUCUAUAAUGAACAAGCCCUCCUCGAUGCUCUCGACGCUGGUAUCAUCGCAGGAGCAGGUCUCGACGUCUUCACAUCCGAACCCCCUGUCCCCUCAUCCCCCGCUCAAAAGCUCACUCAACACUCUAAAGUCGUCGCGACUCCCCAUCUCGGCGCCUCAACAAUCGAAGCUCAAGAAUCGGUUUCCGUGGAUGUUUGCACACAAGUUCGUGCCAUUCUCUCGGGAGGGCUGCCGACAUCUGCAGUCAAUGCACCGCUUAUCCUUCCAGAAGAAUACAAAAAACUCCAGCCGUUUGUUAAAUUGAUGGAGAAGAUGGGGGGAUUGUAUACCCAGCAUUAUCGGGGAAAGGGCGUGGGAGGGAAAAAAUUCGAAGUUGUUUAUGAAGGGGAACUUGCGGGGAUCGCGAAUACGCGUCCGCUUUUUGCGGCGUUGGUGAAGGGAUUGGUGGGGAGCAUUAGUGAGAGAGGAGGGAGAGAUGUUAAUAUUGUGAAUGCGAGUUUGUUGGCUAAGGAAAGGGGAAUUGUGAUUAGUGAGACGCGUGUUAGUGAGAGUAAGUAUUUGGUUUAUGCGAGUUUGGUGACGUUGAAUGUUGAGGGGGGAGAUGGGAGUGGAAAUGGAAAUGGAAAUGGGAAUCAGGUUAUCAGUGGUUAUGUAAGUGAUCGGGGAAUUUUCAUAAGUCGACUCGAUCGCUUCAAUACGAGUUUUUCACCCGAGGGAACGUUGUGUUUGUUGAGAAACAAUGAUGAGCCGGGGAAAAUAGGAGUUGUCGGGGGAAUUCUGGGUCGCGCGGGAAUUAAUGUGAGGUUUAUGAGUGUAGCGGCUUUGGAUAGAAGUGGAGAGCACAGUGGGAUGCAGGGAGAGGAGAUCAAAAAUGAGGCGUUGAUGAUUUUGGGGGUUGACGGGGUGGUGGGGAGGGAGGUGGAGGAGGAGUUGAAAGGGGAAGAGGGGAUUUUUGAUGUGGGGAUUGUUUGCUUGUGAGGGGUGGGGGGUGGAAGGGAGAGGAGAAUGGGAUGGGGAUAUUGAGCGGGAGAAUUCAGGUUCUGGAAGAAAAUUGGAAGUAGGAAUCGUAGAGAAAUGGAAUGGAAUGGAUCAUUAUCAGGUGGAGAUUAAAAGAAAUGGAUCGGGUUUUUCGAAUAGCAUCGAUUAGAAACA